CAGACAUAGCACGUGAUUGUCAGCUGCGUUAUAUUUGUUUCGACUAAGAUUGUUUUUUUCCUGCUUACUAACACUUGAGGGAUGUCAGCUUUCCGAGGUCCUGUACAGGUAGAAAAACGGAGCUUACACAGGAGUUAUUAGUUUGCAUACCUUACUGCGCAGUCUAGGCAGUGUCAGGUUUCUGAGAUAUAUGUUGCAUUGUUUAGUUUUGUUAUAAAACGCUAUAAAACAGCAUGAAGAGCAGGCCUGAGGCGCGAGUACACAGUGCGUUAGAAGUAGCUCUUGUAGCUGACAGUGGCCUGUGUGCAGAUGUCGAGCACACGGUUAAAGCCAGAAUGGCUGCUGGCUGUUCACUGCUCUGCUGUCUGAAUGUGGACGGCAGACUGAUGCUCAGUGAUGUUUCUGAAGCUGCUGGUCCGGUGCCUGUGCUUGAAGACUCCUGCACAGACUUUCUCUGGGAGAUGUCCACUGAGCAAAAUAAAGUGGACAAGCCCAGACUCCUGACUAUGAGACCAGCCUGUAAUCUUAGACUUCAUGAGAUUCAUUCAGAAAGGCAGCUGACGUCAGUGUCCGAGUGUACUACAGACAGACUCCUGCAGCUUGUCAAUAAGGACUUAAAUGGGAGUAAGCUGGCCUCUAUGAAACUGCUGUCAUUCAUGGACAGCCUCUGUUACUUCCUGCUGAAUGGAUGUGUCCUGGUACAUCUUCGGUGGCAGGAAGGCUUUGCUGAGCCAGAGCUGCUGUCUUCCUGUGUCCUUAGCCUGCCUUCUGAAACUCAGGAAAUAUUCACUGACUACCAGCUCUGCAAAGGCAUUCUAUUCGUGUUAGCAAGCCAUGGAUUCAUAUAUGCCUUUGACAGUGCAGAUGGGAAGCACCUUGCUACAGUGGAUCUCCCUGCAUACUACACAUCGGGACAGAGAGAUGCAGAGCAUGUGGAAUCUCUCUCUUCCUUCUGCCUUCUCCACAUUUCACAAGACCUCAGCACAGCUGUGGCUGCCACCAGACAAAACCAAGCACUGGCAGUUGAUCUCAAUGAUUAUUUCAGGAUUCACAUAAAUCAUUUGCACUGUCAGCAGGACCCCAGACCUCUUCCUCUCAUACCCACAAAACCUUGUGAUCAGGACAGCAUUGCCAACUCAACUUACAGUCAGUCUGUGCUGGGUACCCACUUCCAAACCGAUCAAUCAUGGGAGGCAAGGCUGGCAUUGCUCUAUAAGCAAGCGAAAGCUCCAGUUUCUCCAGCUAAGCGACUGCCAUGGUACAAAGACCUCCCUCGCUCUGAGUGCCGUCAAGCAGCGGCCACCGCCAAACUCAGUCAGUCCACUCUGUCACCAGGGGGUGCUGUGAUGUCUUUCGCUCUGCCUGAACGGACCACGCCGAGCCUGUUGAUAGUCUCCGAAUUUUCAGCAGUGCUUAGCUUUACCUCACCUGGUAACAGCAGCACAACCCUGGCCUACUGGGACCUGGAGACUCAGAAUGUUACAUAUCAUUACAUUGAUGUGCCAGCCUUGCCUGUUUGCUGGUCAGAACAGGAACACCUCUCUCUGAUUCUGAAAGCGUCAGGCAUGUCUUUGGUGCUGUUCACGGUUUCUCAGGAGGAGCUGCUAAACAGAUUGAUGGUGUUUGGAAGUGCUGGGGUGGUGGACUCACUGUGCCAUAUUAAUGCUUGGGGACGCUGUUCAAUGCCCAUCCAUUCCCUGCAGGCAGGACUAAAGAAUCGGCAGCUGGACAUGGUAGAUUUCUUCCUGAAGAGUAAGGAGAACAUUCUCUGCCCACCCACUAGCUACAGUCUGCCUGAGCAGUCAUCCACCGCAACGCAGAUGCAGCUGAAAAAUGUUCAGGAUCUGUGUCCAGCAUUGGAUCUGCUUCAAUCUGCUAUCAGAGACACAAACACCGAGGCACAGAGUCGACAGUUCUGUGAACAGCUGCUCAGCAUGACACUAAACUUCCUCAAUACACAAAUCAGAGUCAUCCUAACCAGCACUCCAGAGCUGGAUGCUAACUUGCAUGAGUGCAUGAAGAUCUUGAAUGGUUAUAUCUCUGAACUGCGUACCUAUUUGAGGAGGUACCCAUGGCUGGAAGGGAGUGAGAGUCAGACUCCUGCCUCAGACACUGCCUCUGCCCCUGAUACAGCCAUUGAGGAAGAGUGGGAAACACGUUCCGUUGAGGAGGUUGUCCAGUGUGCAGUUUUAAACAGGCAGCUCCCACGUGCACAGGCAUAUCUGCGCAAGCGCAAUUGUCCAGAGCAGAAGCUGGAGGAACUGAGGAAAACAGGCCUGAGACUGGCCUUCACUUGUCUCACCCACCGAGACGUGCAGCAGGCCACAACACUGCUCACUAACAUGGGAUUUAACGUAAAAGAGCAGCUCCGCAAUAUCUGUGUUUACACAGCUGAUCGGGACCUCAGGGCCUUUAUGGUAGAGGAGUUGAAAAGACUUAAUCAUCUCUCCACUGAGGACUUACAAAAAGUGGAGUUCAUUAAAGAGAUUGAAAAUUUGUGCUCCAGACCAGCAACAAGAUGUUCAAAGCCUUUUGACAAGAAGAGGGUUCUUCAAAAAAGCCAGUUGGAAGCUGAGAGCAGAAAGCCGCUACAGGAGAUAUUGCACGAACCCUUGUCUUGCUCUGUCCAGUCUCUGGUUGGCUCAGUGCGUCUGGACUGGGUCAGACACUGGGACAAUGACACACAGAAAUCUGUGCUGCUCUCCCGAAUCCCAGACCACUUGUUGGGCUCCUGUGAUCCAGCUGUGCUGUGGUCCUACCUCACCUCCCUACAUGACCAGGACAGAGUUACUGCAUGGCUGACACACAUAGCCACGCAAGACUGCGAGAGCACUGCUGCCUCCAAGUGGCCUGCGCUCACUGCUGCUGUUGUGGAUGGAAACACCUACUGUAGUGAUUAUAUGAAAGACCAAAUUCUGGACAUGCUUGCCAGACAAGAAGUGUUUGUGCAAUCAGAGAUGUCUGACUUUGAGCAGCUGCUGUGGAGGUUAGGUCAGGCCAGAGGUGUUAUGCGAGACAUCGAUGGCCCUCCUGUCCCACAAUUCCGUGCUUCCAAAGGACAGGACUUCCACACAUGCUUUAUUCAGCAUUGUCUGGAGAACAACCUACAUUAUCUGCUCUAUACCUACCUGCAGCAUUACAGAUUGACUCCCAGUAACUGCCCUGCAGUUGGAGACAGAGAUUUGUAUGAGAGUUACCCCUGGUUUGAGAUGAUGGUCAAACUGCAGAGCAUUGCAAGAGAUCUCAAAAAUCCAGAACGAGUGUUUCAGGCAAGCCUGACAAGUGCACAGGUGCUGUUACCGGGCAGUCAGGCUAGUGUUAGCAGCAUGCUGCUGGAGGGGCACAGCCUUCUUGCUCUCUCCACUAUAAUGUUUGCACCUGGGGGCAUCGAUCAGGUGGUGAAAGGGGGCGAUGAAGGUCAGGAUGUCCUGUCUAGAGUGGAGCCACAGCUCCUGAGGAUGGCUCUGAGUGCAUACCCCAAACUCAAAGCUGCUCUUUUUCCCCAGACUGGCCCAAGAGUAACCUCAGUUUGUGAUGUAUCAAUAUACCACCUUAUGCAGUCAUUGCAUCCACUGGAUCCCUACAGACUGUUUGGGUGGCAGUCUGCUAACACACUAGGCACUGCAGAAACAUCAUCAGAGCUACCUCAUUUCUCCAGCUCCCACCUGGUUAAUAAGUAUGCAAUCAUUGAGAACCUGGACUUUUUAUACUAUCUCCAACACGGCAGACCUUCCUUUGCAUAUGGAAUUUUCAUUAUUCAGCAUCUGGCCGGUUCCGGCAGUGCCAAGCUACAGAUGACUCGGGCUGCGGAGCAGGCAUACUCUUUGGGCCUCCUGAAUUUCAGCAAUCCAUCUAUAGCUGCAGCGUGUGUGUGUUUCUUUGAGUUAUUGGGUGUAUGCAGUCUGAAACUGAGGGUGGACCUUAAGGCUCUCAAUCUUAUCCUCAAGCUCUGGAGUAAGAACUGUGAGGAGACCAGCAUGGCCUUACUUAAACAGUCUCUGGUGGACAAGGUAGAUAAGAUGGUGGCAGCUGAGAGACAGACUCUAGAGGAAUUACUGUUGCAUCUGGAGGGGGCAGUGAGGGACUGUGUGGAGAGCAGAGGCAUCAGCAGGUCUUCAUAUGAGGCAGGACAGGAGUGGGCUCUCCCUGUUCAGUUUUGCCAUCUACAUGAUCUGCCCCUGAGCACCCAGUACCUACAAGACUGUGCCACCGAUGGCCAAUGGCUUAACUUCCUGCUGUUCGUACAGAUCCACCAUUACCCUCCACAACAGGUGAGAUAUCUGGCAGCCAGCUUCAGCCCAGGUCUGCAGGCUCACCUCCUCCUGGCUUUCCAAGACCUUCAGCUAGUGCACUCUCAACAAGCCCUGGAAGGCCAGAGAGACUCCCUCUGCUCGCUGAUGAAAGAGGAAGACUCAGAAUGCCCCAAGGAUCUGUUUCAGGUCCUGUUCCGUAGCCAGGAGCAGCCUAGCCCCUGGCAGUACCUGUUGGCUGAAGCUGUUACACUGCAUAGUCCACCACUUACAGUGCUGGCUGCUUGUCACCAGGAUGCUGAGCUACUACAAUGCCUGUGUGUAUGGAUCCUGACCUCCGUUGAUGAUGACAUUGCCCAGGAAGUUACCUCCCAUAUCAAUGAAAGUCCUGGCCACCACAUGUGGAACCUUUAUGACCUGUCAAUACUAUGGAAGAUCCUCCUACAGAAGUGCAAGAUCAGACCUCUGAUUCGUGGCUUCCAGCUGUUUCAGAGGGAAUCUCCCCUGAUCCACAUGUUGCAGAUGUACGAGCUCUGCUACGACUACAAAAACUACCAAGGGGCUAAAGACAAGUUACUGGAGUUCCAGAAAUGUCUGCUUAAUUUGAGGAGUAGUGGUAGUGUCCUGGGUUUGGAGUGUCUCCCAGUUCAGUGGGUGGAAGCUCAGGCCUCUGUGCUGCUCCUCACCCUGUUGCAGCAAUGCGGGACACAGUAUGAGCUGUGCAGGCUGCUGCAGCUACUGGCUGAUAUGGAGCGUAUGCUUAAAUCUAAUGGUCCUGACUUUAAAAAGCUGAGCCAGUUGAGCCAAAUCCUGGCUGACACACCAGUGCCUCUGUCCCCAUGCCUUCUGGAGAACUAUACCACUAAGAGCCUGCAGAGGGAGUGCCAGAGAAUGCUUGAGGAGCUGCAGGACCUUGCUUUGUUCUGUCAGGCCAGGAAAGUGGCUGAGCUGGCAGGACUGCCCGUUGACCGGCUGAUAAUAAAUGAGCUGUUGAGGGAUCUGAAGGUGUUAAAGGCGACACGUCAGUGGGAAAGACAGGAGACUCGACUGGCCUUCUGGAGGAAAUGUCAAGAGCAGUUUAAGGCAGACUGCAUUGGAGCAGAGUCAGCCUGCCAGUUUUUCCUGUCUCAGGCAGAGGAUCCUGUGCAGAGAGACACAGAGCUCCUUCAGGUACAGGAGCAAUGCCUUCUGCUGGCUUUUGCUGCUCAUUGGCUUUGCCAGUGCAGCCCUCCUGCAUUGGAACGUUUAGCGGAGCUGGAGAAGCGCCAAUGGGAAUGGCGCAUCCGCAGGAUGGUCCUCACCACAGCCCUGGAGCAGCAGAGCCUGUUCACUCCAGCCACUGGACCAGAUGCCUUUGACAGUCUCCUCAAAGAAUACUCCUUUUCCAAAAUGGCCAUCCUGGAUGAUCAAGCAUAUUUGAACAUUGAGGGUCUUCCAACAACAGAGGAGGGUUGCUUGCUAGAGGAGGAGGAGCGAAAGGCACUGUCCACUCUCACUGGUCAGCUGUUGGAUGAAGGGAGUGUUCACGAAGCAAGUCGAGUAUGUCGAUAUUUUGAGCUGCUGCACAGAGAUGUGUGGCUGGUGUUGCAGUGCCGGGGUUUGGCCUGUGGAGAAAUCCAGCCAGGACUGCAGGAGCUUCUCAGCUCUGACCGAGAGUGCAGGAGAAGCUUGCCCAGCUGCUCCAGCACAGGAAGUCUGUCCUCUUUUGUGGUGGUUUCCUCACCUGAAGACCAGGUACUCUCCCAGCUUCAGCUUCUAGUAGACCAGUGCCGUCAUGGUAAGAGCUACUGCAAGCAGGUCCUCAGCCUCUAUGAGCUCUCCAAGGAGCUGUGUUGUUCCUACAGUGAGAUCUCCUCUGAAGAGCCAGAGGCAGUGCUACGGAAAGUUCUCCUGUCCCAGCAGCCUGAGCGCUAUAAGAAAGCACAGGCUUUUAUUAGUGUGCAGGGCUUGCAGCCUGACUCUGUAGCACAGCUCAUCACCUCCACAGUGUUGGAAGGACUGCUGGCCUCCUCACAGGACAGAGAGACAGCAGAGCGGCAUAUAUACAGUCCUUCUGAAGGCAAAGAGUCCUUCUUGCAACUGGCUAAACUGUGCGGUGACCCCAACUUGGUGGGCAUCAAGUUAUUGGACAUCAUCACUACAGUCUCCCUGGCAGAACUGGGAUGCACUGUGGAGCUGCUUAUCUUGGCACAUGACUGCUUCAGUCUCACCUGUAACAUGGAGGGCAUUGUCAAGGUCUUGCAAGCAGCCAGACACCUCAGCCACCAACAUCUGGCCCAUGGGGAGAGAUAUGGGCUGCUGGUCCGAUUAUUGACUGGUAUUGGAAGAUACAAUGAAAUGACGUACGUCUUUGACCUUCUCAACCAGAACCAUCGUUUUGAGAUGCUGCUCAGAAAGAAAGUGGAGUCGAAUACUAGAUUAAAGACAGCACUUCUGGACUACAUUAAGCGCUGUCUGCCAGGGGACAGUGAGAAAUACAACAUGGUGGCUCUUUGUUUCAGCAUGCGCCGAGAGAUUGGAGAGAAUCACGAAGGAGCUGCUCGAACACAGCUCAAACUUAUCGAGUCCCAGCCAUGGGUGGUUACCCCAGAGCUCAAAAGUGGCUUAGAGAAAGUUCUCUUUUUGCUGAAAGAUGCUGCAGAAAGUUAUUCAAAGGACUCCUGUAUGCGGCAAGCAUUGCGGUGUGUAAAAAUGGCUAAACUCAUCACUCUGCAGCUUCACUUCCUCAAUCAUGGACAGGACCUUCGUGUAGUCAAUCUCCGGCCAUCAGAACUACUCAAUGCCAUGAUGGCUCUACCACGGUGUUAUCAGUCAUUUAUAGUAGCUGAGGCAUACGAUUACAGUCCUGACUGGGCCGAGAUUCUGUAUCAGAAGGUGAUUCUGAAAGGAGAUUUCUCCUACCUGGAAGAGUUUAAGCUGCACAGACCACUUCCAGCGAGCCUGUUUGAAGAAAUCUCUAAAAAACUGAUGGUUAACAAGCCGCCGAACACUGUGAGUCAGAACCUGAAGAAGCUGCUGCAGUAUUGUGAAAAUGUCUAUACGCACUACAAACUGGCGUAUGAACAUAAAUUCGUGGAUGUGGCCAACACGCUCCUACAGGACUCCAAAACAAGCAGUUACCUUAAUGACCGAUUAAGCAGCUGACGAUCCCAUUAACACACUUCAUGUCAACAUUCCUCUGCUUAGCUACACUACACAUAGCAUGUAGUGCUGUGAGCCAGUUACUGAUUUGACUCUGAUUUUGUUGCAACUUUAAAGGAACAACAAUUUAUACAUAUUUUCAGCAGUAUUCUCAGCUUACUUACUCUCUACUUUUUCAAAUUAAUUCUUUAAUAAUUUCAAUGAAGUUAUGGACCUGAUGAUUGAAAUGUACAUAUUUAAGAGAUUAAAUCUAACUUUGCUAAUUUAUUGGUUGCUCAAUGCUCUGUUCUUCCUUGUACUGAACCAGUGAACCAGGUUUGAAUUUGACAUUAAUAUCUUGAUCCAUGUUUAGCAGCAAUGCAUCUGUGUUCUACAAAUGCAAUACUUCUGUAUACUCCCCAGAUGCUGUUCUUGUUUAUAUUACCGAGCAGUGAAGUGAUUUCUGAAAAUGAAGCCCAGGGCCGGGAGUGGGUUAUUCAUUUUACUUUCAUGCCUUGUCAGUUUUUACAUAAGUGACAAUGUAUUUUAUGUUGAAAUGUGGCGCAGUGUCUCAGAUUAUGAUGUAAAUACUGUAGCUGAAAGCACAAAAAACUAUUAGAAACAAAGUGAUCAAAUUGUUUUGUUUCACCAAUUUUUCAUCAUUCUAAAUGUAUGCCAUUUACUUGAGGAAUUUGUUCAUUUGUUCUCUUACAUGAUCCGUCAUAAAAAAAUACAUUAUGUUGAUCCAUGAGAUAUCUAACAACAUUUUGUAAAUGCCAUAACAAAUGUAGAAUUACUUGAGACAGUUUUGUGUAUGACUGGAAACUCUGUAUUGAAUUACACUGAGAUGCCAUCUGUGCCCCUGAAUUACAGGAAAUAUUUUUUUUUUCUAAUUUUAAAUAUGACCUAUGAUCCUCAGUUUGCCUACAGUUAUAGUAUUUCCUCAGGUGUUGCCCAGUGGUAGGUUAUGUGUCUUAAACUGUUAUGUGUCUUACAUACACAAUAUUUGGCCAAAAGUUUGUGGACACCUGACCAUCACACCCAUGUGUGCUUUUUGAACAUCCCUUCUAAAUGAAGUCCCCCUUUGUUCUCAUAAGUUCCACUCUAGAUUUUGGAGCGUGGCUGUGGGGUUUUGUGUUCAUUCAGCCACAAGAGCAUUAGUGAGAUCAGGCACUGAUGGCAGGCAAGGAUGUCUGGGGUGCAGUCGGUGUUCCAGUUCAUCCCAAAGGUGUUCAGUGGGGUUGAGUGGAGGUCAGGCCUCUGUGCAGGAAACUCAUGUUCUUCCACUCCAACCUUGGCAAACCAUGUCUUCAUGGUCUUCAUUGAAGAGAAAUCUUAAUGCUACAGCAUACACAGACAUUCAGUCUAUUGUGACAUUCGCUUAUGUGCAUCCAACUGUGUGGCAAUAAUUUGGGGAAGGCCCACAUAUGGGUGUGAAGGUCAGGUGUCCUUCAUUUUGGCCAUAUAGUGUAUAAAACAUGCCUUUAGACAUUUAGCAAAAGAAAACUCUUGAUGUAAAGUGGAUUUAUUUUGGUAAUGCUCAUACACUCACUAGGUAAUACUGGGUAGGGCUUCCCUUUGCUCUCAAAACAGCCUCAGUUCUUCAUGGCAUGGAUUCCACAAGAUGUUGGAAACAUUCCUUUGAGAUUCUGGUCCAUGUUGACAUGAUUGUAUCACUCAAUUCCUACAGACUUUUCAUUUUCCACAUCCCAAAGGUGUUCUAUUGGAUUCAGUGUGCCAAGAAAACAUUCCCCACAUUCCCUGUUACACCAUCUCCACCAGACUGGACUGCUGACACAAGGCCGGUUGGGUCCAUGGAUUCAUGCUGUUGGUGCCAAAUUCUGACCCUGUCAUCUGUGUGCCUCAGCAGAAAUCAAGAUUCAUCAGACCAGGCUAUGUUUUUCAGUCUUCAGUUGUCCAGUUUUGAUGAGCUUGUCCCACUGCAACCUCAGCUUUCUGUUCUUGGCUGACAGAAGUGGAAACUGACAUGGUCUUCCACUGUUGUAGCCCAUCCGCCUCAAGGUUUGGUGUAUUAUGCUGUCCGAGAUGCUUUUCUGCUCACCAUGGUUGUAAAAAGUGCUUUGUAUUGUAUAAUUACUCUAGACUUUCUGUUAGCUCAAACCAGUCUGGUCAUACUCAUCAACAAGGUGUUUAAUCCUGCAGACCCUCCACACACACAAUGUUUUUUUUGUUUUUCACACCAUUCUAUGUAAACUCUAGAGACUGUUGUGUAUGAAAUUCCCACUAGAUCAGCAGUUUCUGAAAUACUCUUACUAGCCCAUCAGGUACGAACAUCCAUACCACAAUCAAAGUCAUAGAGAUCACACUUUUUCUUCAUUCUGAUGUUUGAUGUGAAGAAUACCAUUAGCUGCUUGCCCAUAUCUGCAUGAUUUUAUGCAUUGCGCUGCUACCACGCGAUUGGCUGAUUAGAUAAUGUUCAUGAAUGAGUAGGUGUACAUGUGUUCCUAAUAAAGUGCUUGGUGAGUGUAUUGCAUACUG